CCUACAGUUCUUGUUGUUGACUAACUAAAUAUCUAGCUUCCGGCACGUGGCCCUAUCGGGACGAUAGCCAAAAAGGAAAAAAUAAAAUAUCUAGCUUUUCUACCUUGAGUUUGUUUGAAAAAAAUAAUUAAGAAAAAAUUGUAUUAAUUUAAAAAGUGUCAAGUUUCAAAAUGCCUCUAAAAAAAAUUGAACGAAACGUUCAUAAAGCAUAUAAUACAUGGGUACUUGAAAAUAUUAGUGAAUCAUUAUCCAAAGUAGUUCCGUUGCGUGAGAGGAGUAGACUUCCAAAAACGCGACGGUUCGAUGAUACUGUUCGGGAGACUCACUAUUUUUCUCUAGAAUUUAACGAUCAUGUCAUUGAGUGGUACGUCACGUUAAAAUUUAAUAACAAUGAAUUUAGUUGUGGAUUCAGUAUAGUAUUUGACGCUGUUGAAAAAUUGAAACCUAAGAAUCAUGUCACCUGUAACUUUUACUUGGUCGACGCCGACAAAAAUAAUUUUUUCCUUGGACGAAGGAAUCGGAAAUUUGAUUCAACACAUUUUUAUCGUCCUGAAAUUGAUCACGCGUUUAGUCGUGGCCAGGAAUUACCAAACACAAUAGAUAAACUACUUCCGAAUGAUACCUUGACACUGCGCAUUGAACUCAUAACUUACUUGGAUGAUAAUCCUAUUUUUCCUUGCGAACGCAUACAAUAUUCCAUUGAACCAGUUGUCAAUUUAGAUGAUUUCUUAAAGUUAUAUAAACUUCAAGAUGACGGUGAUGUUAUGAUUUAUGUGCAGGAUGUUAAAUUCCCAGUCUAUAAAAAAGUAUUAGAAGCACGAUGUUAUAAAUUAUAUGAAAUGGUUGAUCAUAAUCAGCAAUUAACUCUUAUGGAUAUCGAUCCAGAGAUAUUUAAAAGAGUUUUAGAAUUUAUCUACACUGGGAAAGUCGAGGAUUUGGACGAUCAUUCAGAAUAUUUGCUAGAAGCUGCUUCGAAAUAUCAAUUACAAGGACUGAGAUGUAUGUGUGAAAUCUCCCUCGUCAACAACUAUCUUACUUACGAAAAUUCUAAGGAGGUAAGAAGAUUGGCUAGUCGUUCUAAGAGCUUUUUCUUAGAGGCGAACGUAUCUAAUUUACGAAAUAGCAUCGCUGAUUACGCUUCUACACCUAGUGGUACUUUAAUAACUACAAUAGUCAGUGGUGAAAAAUGGACGACUGAAAAUCAUUUUCCAAAUGGUAUACCGGAGGGAAUUAAGAUUAUACCAGAGUAGAUUAGCUUUACAUCACCAGAUAGCAAUCCAUUUAUUCAUCGCAGCAAGAUUUUUCUUCAUUAAAUUUAAUAUUUGAUAAAUAAAUUUGUUUUUUGUGCACA